GGUCCAAGUACCUUGUACCGUUCGUUACUCGACGUCACAUACACAUAGAUUCCGAAUCCACAAAUCGCAAAUGUAAAAUCAUACUUCUCAGACAAGUACCCAGAAUUUACCUAGAUAUCUAAGUAAUACGUACGGCGAGAUUAUUGAUAUGAAGUCCAAUACUUCUCAAGUACCAGAGCUUCCUGGAUACUAUUACGAUAGCGAAAAGAAGAAGUAUUUUAAGAUACAAGCAAAUGCACCAUCAGGUUCUGCAUAUUCUUCUCACGACGUGAAGAGACGCAAGCUUGACGACGAGAACAGCAAAGCCGAAUCUCUAAGAGUCCAGCGAAAUGUUGGUCGUAUCAAGAGAGCAAAGAUUCUUGAGUCUCCAAUGGCUGGUGCUAUUUUGUCUAGGGAAUUUGGAAAGCCUUGUUUAAACACUGUUGCUGCCUCCCAUUAUGCUCAAAGCCUCUCUACAGCGUUUGCGGUUGAUUAUUACCCACAGGACAACCGAGCAAGCGGCGCCUACCUUUUCGACGUGAGCGGAUAUACUAACGUGUCUGAUCCUAAAGUUCUCAUGUCUUAUGCUGCCAAUAACACAAUUUUACACCUUUCAUACGACUAUGGAAGAAAGGCAAAAGACAAACAACGAGUACCAAAUGUAUUCGGUUCUCAUUUUAGAUUUCAGAGGUCCUACAACCUGGGUUUUCCACCGGGCCAAUCCACUUCCAUCAGUGCUAAUGAGUCAAUUGGGCACGUUGUGACGACGUGGUCAGGUGUACCUGCCUCUAGAGCAGUCGUAGUUAGUCCGUUUCCCCCGCCCGAACUUCGACCUCAUCCUAUGAAAUCCGACAUCCAUCUCAGUCCUGGGACCAAGCGAGGUCCAGUCGAUGUCCUCUCAUCUGCCUCAGCGCCUGCAAUUUCCCCGGAUGCAUUUGUCAUUGGUACGAGCAAAGGUAUUCUUCGGAUCAAUCAAAAUAUGGACAUGUCCUGGAUUCGGACUUUCAACACAAAGGACCACUAUUACAGCGAUGUAUUCGCAGUGCAAUACCAUUUAAAUCACAAGGAUAUCAUCCUAACGGGUGAACGAAGAGGUAUUCUCAGUCUUUUAGAUCUCCGAACAUCCCAGUCUGGGCCCAUCGCAAAAAUUCAACACACAAGCGGCAUCGCGGAAAUCAAGUCUCUCGAUGAACACCGCGUUCUUGUUGCGGGCUGUGCAUCCGAUCUUUGCCAAUACGAUAGACGAUUUAUCAAGCCAAAUACUCACCUCUCUCACACAUUAAAACACACUAAGAACACUACAGCUCCUACAACGCCUUAUCUGACUUACCCCGAUUACCGAAACAACGGCCGGCUGAACAUUGAGCUAGACAUUGACCUAGAGCUUGGUAUCAUUGCAGUGGCAGACGACGUUUCGCCAACCGAUGCCGAAGCAAGGAUCAAGAUUUUCUCUCUACACGGUGCGCAAGUUUUACACGAACACACGAUUCGAACCGAUGUUCCCAACAUGGGUUGUGUAAAAUUCGUACAGGAUACAUUCAACGAACCCAAAAGUAUCUGGGCAACGUUUGCACAGAGGAUCGUGAGGCUCUCCCUCGAUGAUAAUCAUAAUAUCCCAUCUUUCAAAGCGAGCACUACUUGGCUAUCAGGAGUAUGAAGAGUUUCGAAACUUGCUCAAAAGAUUGAUACAUAGAGAAAGGAGUGAUGGAAUAUCUGGAAAAUAACACGAAGUUCUAUUACUGCACAUUGCACAGAAUACUCCUACACAUUACCUCCUUGGAUACCCGGAGUUUCAGGAGUUGCGGAGAGCAUCGGAGCCUCAAAAAAAAAGAAGAGAAUUAAAUACGGAGUUCUGCUACUUCAUCUAUUCAAUUGUUGGACACACUACUUGCACAUCAGAUGCGAUAUGUUCUACGGAGUUGCAGGAGUUGCUACUAGUUAAUUGCUUACUUAGAGAAUUGGGACCUUACGUGUAGGAAUAUGGAUUUCCUAGAGAUUAUGGAGAAUACCUAUUGGAGUUCUGUCAUUUCAUUUCAUUUCAUCCACGUCCAUGUUUCUUUCACAUUCUGUAUAUCACUCACUAAUUUCCUCAUUGGUAAGAUUUGACGAGGAGAGGAGAGAAAUGGGAAGGGAAGGGAAGGAAACAAUUAAGAAAGGUGGGUUUAUACGCUGGCGUAAUCUUGAUAUUUCCUGGCUCCAUGGCGGUACAUAACUUUGUGUAUACCCCGCAUUAGAAGGGCUCCCAUGGCCUACAUACCUCUAUUACUCGUUAACUACUUCCUAUUUGUGGUAAUAUCGAAUGGAAUUCUUGACA